GCCUUAGUGGAACAUGAUAGCAGCUCUGAAUCCGAGGGGCCAGUGGAGCCAGCCUUGGUGGGGGAGGGCAGUCCACUCAUGGAGGGAUCAACAUGUGAUGAAUUACAAACUAUGGAGGGCUGUAGUUCUUCUAUCAGCACAGUAACAGUGUCCAUUAUGGGUGAUACUGAUGAAGAACACAAUUAUGACACCGACUCUACUGAAACAGAGUCUGAGCAGUUGAAUGAGACUUCACAUUCAACUGAUGAAACACCUUCUCUCCAUGUAGACUUGGCUAGUUGGGCUACUGCUACAAACCAGACCCACAAGGCACUAAAUGAGCUUCUUUGUGUGCUCAGACACCAUGGCCAUAGACUUCCCAAAGAUGUUAGAAGCCUUCUUGAUACUCCACAAGGAGUGCCAGUUCAUAAUAAAUGCAAUGGACAGUAUAUUUAUUAUGGUAUUGAGCGUUACCUUCUUGAACACAUUUCAAAAGAGACAAUGCCAGGGCAAGUUGAAAUGUGCUUUAAUGUGGAUGGCGUGCCAUUGUUUAAAUCAAGUCAAAUGUGUUUCUGGCCCAUUCUUGGUCAAUUUCCGAACUGUCAGCCAUUUAUUGUAGCUCUGUAUUAUGGAUCCAGCAAGCCUGACCCUGUUGAGGAGUUUUUACAUGAUUUCUUAGAGGAGUUGCAACAACUCAUCCGAACUGGAGUUUCAUUCCAGAAUUUGGUUCACACCAUUACAGUGAAGGCGAUCAUCUGUGAUGCACAAGCCAGGUCAUUUCUAAAAUGUAUAAAAAGUCACAAUAGUCUUCAUGGAUGUGAGCGAUGUGUUGCAGUAGCACAAAUGAUCGAAAGGAGGGUAGUUUACUUGAUGAAGGGUACUUCUGAAGGAAGAACCGAUGAGGUAUUCAACCAAGCUGGAUACCCUGACCAUCAAAAACAAAUAUCACCUCUUGUUAGAGCUGGUAUUUUGUGUGUGAAACAGUUCCCCCUUGACUACAUGCACCUAGUAUGUCUUGGAGCCAUGAAAAGGCUGCUGACAUACUUGUGGCGUGGGCCAUUUAUCUGUCGACUGAGUAAGGCUCAGAGAGAACAGGUACAAAUGAACAUUAGUACGUUGAAACAAGCUUUGCCUGCAGAGUUUUCAAGGCAGCCAAGAAGCAUGGAAGACUUGGACAGGUGGAAAGCUACUGAGCUACGUCAGUUCAUGCUCUACACAGGACCCUUGAUCUUGAAAGAUGUGCUUUCUAAUGACCAGUACCACCACUUUCUUUGUCUGAGUGUUGGCAUGAGCAUUCUUUUGGAUGAAUCGGAUGAGAAGAGAGAGUCCUAUCUAGGAUAUGCACACAACAUUCUGGAGCAUUUUGUGGAUAGCUCUGUGGAUUUUUAUGGACCUACCUUUCCAACAUACAACAUUCAUUCCAUCAAACACUUGUCAGAAGAUGCUGCAAACUUCCACAGCUCCUUGAACGAUAUUUCAUGUUUUCCGUUUGAGAACCACUUACCAGGUCAACAUAAACCAAAUGAAGCUGUUGCAAAUUCUACAAACAAUAAAAAAAAAGAAGAUCAACUUUUGUGUCCAACACACUUGGAUGAGACGUGCCCAACCCCUGUCUUUGUCUUCCCUACGUUAAGUUGUGAUAGCACACUUCUUGACAGUCAACAUCGGUAUCAAGAUGGUGUGAUUGAUCUAUACCCUACAAUAAUCAAUGACACCAUGAGACGUUCACAUAAUGAACAGCCAUCUUCCAGACAGAUACAUCAUGAAUCGUUCUACAGGCCAUCGUGGACUACCGAAAGAGUAUUGUCUACAGUCCAAAAUUCUGGAUUGACGCCCCAGUCCCAGUCCCAGAGGGCACCCCAGUACCAAAGGAUGCCCCAGUCCCAGUGCCACAGGACGCCCCAGUGCCACAGGACGCCCCAGUGCCACAGGACGCCCCAGUCCCGGAGGGCACCCCAGUGCCAGAGGACGCCCCAGUACCAAAGGAUGCCCCAGUCCCAGAGGACGCCCCAGUCCCAGUCCCAGAGGGCACCCCAGUGCCAGAGGACGCCCCAGGCCCAGUCCCAGUCCCAGAGGGCAUCCCAGUGUUCACAUAAUGAACAUCCAUCUGCCAGACGGAGAAUUCAUGAAUCGUUCUCCAGGCCAUCUGGGAGAACCGAAAGAGGCAUAGUAUUGUUUUACUUUACUAACAUUGUAUUUGUUUAAUGUCAUCCACAUAAAUAUAAUUUUUUUAGUAAUUGUACAGUAAUGGUGUUCAUUCACUAGUGUGUCCUUUCUUACCUUUACUAACAUGAUGUAUUAAGUACAUGUAUGUAUUAUUUUAUACACUUUUGUUUUUAAUGUCUAUUCAGUAUUGUCACUUGUCCCAAAUUCUUCACUGGCGUCCCAGUCCCAGAGGGCAUCCCAAUGAAUGUGAAAAUUUUACUGUCACAUCUUAUUUUUAACGGAUUCUACCUUAGUGACAACACAGCUUAGCAUAUAAACAUAUAAAUUUCUCUGUAUCAGAGUUAAUAGUUACAAAUACAGAGCUUAUAAUGUCUGUCAUUGCUAAGACCUAAAAGUACAGCCAGAUGAUUUCAUAAUUAAUGCAGUAUUAUACUGUGAAGAGACUUACUGUUAAUAUUUACACUUCCAUAAAAUUAACUUAUUUGUCCAGGUGUGGUAACACACAACGAAAAAGUAGCAAGAAGGAGACUACCUGAUUCUUCAGCUAUGGCCUCAGCUUCAAAUGCAAGAAGUUCACAUAACAAACAGCCGUCUUCCAGAGAGAGAAAUCAUGAAUCAUUCUCCAGGCCCUCUGGGGCAACCGAAAGAGGCAUAGUAUUGUUUUUUUGUUUAAUUUCAUCGACAUAAAGAGGAUUUUUAAUUAAUCGAACACUUAUGGUGUUCAAUAAUUAAUGUGUCCUUUUUUACCUUAAUAACUUUAUUUUUUACACCAUUUGUUUGUAUCUAUUCAGUAUUGUCUCCUGUCCCAAAUUCUUCACGGGCACCCCAGUCCCAGAGGACACCCCAGUGUGUUACCAGACCCUCAAAGAGCGCUUACCCCAUGUCAACCACAAAAUUUCAAAGGAAGGUGUUUUCAAUGUUGUUCGAUUUGAAGGAUCAACUUAAGCAAAUAGUUGGCAUUCUGGAUCCUGGCAGGUCUACAACAUCUCUAAAGAAGAUGGAUUCAGAGAGUGACCUAAAACUCUUUGAAGAAUCCAUAAAAGAUGUUGAUGUCAAGUUGAUCUGCGUCCAGCAACUGUCCAGGGUCGGUGC